AUGUUUAAUAUAAUACUAUUUCAAAUUAUCACAACAAACUUUGCAUUUCCAGAUGUAUCACUCUAAUUUGGUACAAUAAUACCAAAAUAAAAAGACCCUGAAGAAAAUCUUCCUUAAACUGUUUAUAAAGAUAAUCAACUUAGUUAAUAUUUUGAUUAUGAUCAAUUUCCACUAUUAUCAUGUUGUCCUACUAAUCUAACUAAAUACAAAAUUGAUACUUUAUCUAUUCAUGGUCAUGCAAGUUAGAAAUUUACAUUACCCUUAACAAUCAUUAAUAAUGAAAAUAAAACUAUUUUUUUGAGAUAAUUAACUAUAACAGACUAUUUAGAUUAUUAAGAUAUUCCUGUUGCUCCUAAAUUAUCUACUUUACCUAUUAUAGAACCUCAUUAAAGAAUUGUUGUUGAUUUUAUUCAUAAUUGCGAAAGAAAAGUUAAUAAUUCUAAUUACUGGAGUAUUUAAAAUGUUUUCAUUAGAUUUCAAGAUUAUUAAGGUAUUAAUUUCUAAUAUUAAUUUAUUUGCGAUAGCAAUUAUCAUCCUAAAAGGUAUUUAUAAAUAUUAUUUUUUAGAUUUGAUUGGAGUAAUAUUAUUUUAAUAACCUUUGAUUCUGUUGUUAUUAUUAUAUUAGCAACUUUCGGGAAAAUUUAUUCAUUUAGAAUAGCUUUUGUGACACCAGCUAAAAGAAGAUAAUUUUAAGAGCAAAAUAUCCAAAAUGUUGAUCUAACUCCUUUUUAAGGAUUCUAUUUAUAUUGGCCUUAAGCUUUAGGAUAUAUGGGAUUAUUAUUAAUUGCAUUAUUUACUUCCAUGACUUAUUAAGAAAAAGCAGAGAAAAUUAUCAAAAUAUUGAUCUAUUUUAUUUGUGCUCUCACUUCAUUCCAUUUUUUCAAUGAAAUUUUUGGUAAAUUCAGAAAUACUCUUACAUUUUUAGCAGAAAAGAUUUAUUGUUUAAAAGUUAGGGAUUAUUUAUCAAUAUUUUUUUCAACUUUGCUGAUAUUUUUUUAUCUUUAUUAUGAUUAACCAUGGUUUGUAUGUAUUAUUAAAUAAUAUCUUUUAGGUUAGUAAUCUUUUAUCAAUAUGUAUUUUAGGAUCCUUGAUUAAAUUAUUUAAAAUAACAUCAUUAAAAGAUGCCCUUUAAUUUUUUAUACCCAUUAUGAUUGUGGAUAUAUUUUGUUCUAUUUAUUUAAGUUAAACAGUCAGAUAUGAAUGGGAUAGUGUUGCAUUAAGAUACUUCAAUACUCCACUUUCAGCAUAAUUUCCUUAUUUUCGUUAUAUUUACAAAAAAAAAUGUGCAUGGGUUUCUAUUUUCAAUUUGCUAUUUCCUGGUAAACUAUUUAUACAAAAAAUAAGGCUUCUUUUUGGGAUAUGUUAAUAGGUUUGAUAAACAUAAGUAAACAUACGUAUAUGAAAUUAUUGCUUUCUUUGGUUUAUUAGUUGGACUCAUUUUAUGGGUUCUCAUUCAAUAUAUAUUUUCAUUUCCUUUACCAACGUAAAUAAAAUAUAUUAAAAUUAGAUCUAUCUUUACCGAAGUUUUGAUGAUCCUCACUACCACCCUAGUUGCUGUUUAAAGGAAUGAAUUCAAUAUUUUUUAUUCUGGUAACUUUUAUGAUCAGAUACUUAUGGAUCCAUUCAAAAAUGAUGUUGCACUUUAAGAACCAACGACGUUAGAAAUGUUUGGAUUAGGAGCUACUACUUAAGUAAUUAAGAAGGACACUACAUAAUAAUAAGAUUUAGUCUAUAGAGGAGAAUAAGGAUUAGUUUUAAAUAGUCAACUUUUUGUAGGUUUGGCUUCAAUUAAUCGUCCAUAAUAAUAAAGCAUUCUAUAAUUCAAAUAAUAAAACCAUUACCAUAAUUUUUGA